GCCUGCGCCGGUCGGUCCCCACGGCGGGGUGCUCGUGUCCAGGGAGCGAAGAAGGUGCAUCGAAGGCCUCGGACCAGGAGCUGGCGCAGCCCUGGGAUCCGCGGGGACCUCCUGCCACGCAGCAGGACGGGCCCGAGCCGAGGACACGCGAGUGCUGGGCGCUGCUGGCAGGGGUGGCCACGUGCAGCUCCCCUGGCUGGGCUGGACCUUGGCUUCCGCUGCUUGUUGGCCUUCGUCCUUCGCAGUGCUCUGCCCAGACACAGCCUGCCCCGUGCUCCGCUCCGAGCCCCCAGCCGCCCGCCCGCCCGCCCUGCUCUCAUUGCGCUGGUCACUCUGAAGGGCAAAGAAGUCGGGACCUAGCGGUGUCCACCGGGUUCGGUGACAACCUCUCCGAGACACCACCCAGCGCCUGGCUCCAGAUCGCCGUGCUCCACAUCCAGCCCCAGCCGGGGCCGUGCUGCGGUGAAAUGUGCCUGGUGCAAGGAGUGCGGGCCUGCACCUCUGUGGGUGCCACCCCCAGACCCUGGCCCUGCAGGGAUGGCAGCGACCUUAGUCCUUGCUGCAUCUCUGAGCCCAUCGCCUCUAUCCGGCCGGCUCAGCAGGCCAGGGGCUGCGCGGCGUGAGAGCCCAGCUGGGAUCGAGAGGGCCGAGCCGGUCGCUCUGGAGCUAGCAGAAAACAUGCCUGCCCGUCUGCUGCUGGGUGCUGCUGCCGGCUCCCCCUCGCCCCCCAAGCCAGCAUCGUGUCUGACUCGGCCUUGCCAUGGCGGCGCAGAAAGCCCCGUUUCCUCUGCUCGCAGCCUGUGCCGCUGCUGUGAUAAAAGGGCUUUGUGUGAGCUGUGACAAUGUGAGGAUUGAUGCGGCUCCUUCCCCCGCUGCCGCGCUGAGAGUCAGACGCCCGCAGAGCUGCUCUGCCUUGGAGGUGGCACCUCGGUGACAAAGGCACCUUUCUCCCUGUCAUCCAAGGAGGGCAGGUUCGUGUCAGCUGUCAUAGAACGAGCGAUGCACCUCCAUGGAGCUAUACCCCAGGGCACAGCCAGCAACUCUUGCCUGUGCUUAGCCCCCUCCCUGCCUCUGUCACGCUUGGCACUUUGUUCCUGGGCUCGCGGAGGGGCUGGCGCUGCCCCUCGAGCGUUUCAGCCUCGGGCCUGGUUUGUAGCAGCCCAUCCCAGCCCGCAAGUGUAGCCGGCAAUGCUCUGCUGGCAGUACCCAGCGUGCCCUUCCAACGAAGGAGUGCCAGCCUUGUCUGCACGGGCUGUCCGCCCUUGGCACAGUGGUGCUAGCACAGAGCCCUCGUGUGAGUGACCGGUGCAGCCCACGUGACCCAUGCUGGGCAGGGUAGCUACGGUACGGUGCGGUGCCGUCCCAGCAUUGACAGGCCCACAGAGAUGCUGGUGUCCAGGAUGCCUGGUGUUUCUUUCCUGGUUUGGCAAGGGCUGCCCCCCGGUACCCGGCUAGAUCACUUCCCGUGCAAAGUCCUGUGAGCAGCAGCCCCCUUGCUUGCUCCUUGAGAGCGGGACCCUUGAUGACCUUACUCCAGGGCAGUGCUCGUGUUCCCUGGCGCCAACCCAUGCAAGCCAUUGCAUAGGCAGCAGCCUUGCCAUUGGGCUGCCGCAUCCCAAGCAAGGCGUUUGGAGAGGCAUGCUUGGAGGUAGGGCUGCAGCUCUCCUCCCCCGGCGGCUGGGCCCUGGGCAGAGCACGUGCCCUGCUGCUCUUAGCCCCAAGGCUUGGUAGAUCUGCCCCCCACAUAGCGCAGGUGAAGAGCUGGCCCUGGGCUUUCUCGUGAGGAGGCGUUGUGGCGGCCUACAACUUGCACAGCCAGCUGCUGGCUCCAGAAAUUGCUGGGGGCUUGGGAGCAGCUGGGAGACGGGAGUUGUUUUUGAUCCUGUACCUGUGAGAGUAGCAAGUGUUCUGGACCGUUGGCUUGUGAGUGAGGGCCUGGGAGAUGCUGCAAGUUGCUCCUGAGGUAUGCUGCAAACUCGAGUUCAGCUCCACCAGACCCCGUGGCCCCAGGCAGCCCCAGUAACUUGCAGUGUCCAACCGGUCCCAGAAGCCUAUGGCUUUCUGGGGCUGCUUUUUCAUAGGAAAAUCCCACGAACAGUUUCCACCUCGUCUGACUGGCUGCAGCAAUCCUGCACCGCUGCAGCGUAAACCUCAGCUCCCUGGGAAGCAUCCAGUGUGUCUGGGGCUGCAUCUCCCAGUGGCUGUGGAGGUGAAAGAGCUCCAAGCAUCUUGAGAUGCAUUUCUGCGCUGGCUGCUUAGACAAUGCUGGGAAACUCGGAAGGGAAAGAAAAGCUGGAGAGGGCGGAGAGAUGUCGACCUUUCCAGGACCUUCCCCAGGAAGGAGCGCUGCGUGGGACUCGGCCGCACCCCUGCAACUCAGAUGAGCAAGAGGGGCCCUCGAGGGUCUCCCGACUUGCAUGCGUUUGAGCCUCAGCAAGAGCGCUGCAUUUGUGCGAGGAGUUGUGCUAAACGCUCUGGUUGUAGGGGAGCUGGCUGGAGAAUGGCAAAUGCCUUCAGCUUUCAGAUUCAGCGUGCAUUUUCCAAACUGUCUAUGGGUGCCACAAGGUAAAUCAGAGAUCUGGAGGACCCUUCUCUUGCAUUUUGACAGCAGAAGACGUGACGUCUGAAACUGGGGGGUGUUCUGGGCUUGCAGAAGCAAAUCGUGCUAUUUGUCACCUGUCAGUUCCCUUUGCUGUGGAUCUUGGUCACUAAGCCACCUGGGAAAGGAUUUAUCAGAAGCUCUGAAGUAAAGGUCAUGUAUUGUUGUUUAAGUUUGAAUGACAGUAUUUCAGGGUCACAGAAUUUGCGCCUUCCAUUGGCGAGCGGUUUAUUGCAAAGCCUUUGAGAGGCAGCAGGCUGCAGACUUUGCCUGGGAGCAGGUUAGUGUCUGUGCUAGAGGAGCAGUGCCCGCCGGCCGCAGGGCACCUGUCCCGUGGCUCGUCCAGGCUGACCGCGGGAGGGCGCGGAGUCCCGGUGGGCAAGGGAGGUAAAACGUCGAGGGCUCAAAAUGCAAAUUCCUAUUUUCCAGGUUGCUAGGAAACAAAGCGAGCUGCGCCUUGGCUUGGCUCCAUGCUUGCCGGGAGCUGGAGCAGGCGGUGGAGCAGAGCUCUUCCCUGAUGCCAGCCCAGUGGCACUGUCUUCUGUGACACUGUCCAGGGUCCCUGCUCCUGCGGUCGGGAGCGCGCGUUAGACAAGCGUGCUCGGUGCAGCUUGCUCAGGCCCCAGCGGCGCGUGUUGCCUGCAGCGAGGUGUUGCUCUGACUGAGCGUUGCGAAGCGUAGAGUGCGGCUCCUGGCACCGGUACGCCUCAGCCUUUUGUAGAAGCAGAUCAGUCCAUGAUGCCCGAAGUCCGUGACCUUUCGGACGCCUUACCCGACCUGCCAAUGGACCCAAUCACCGGAGUCGGGGUGGUUGCCUCCCGGAACCGGGCACCCACAGGUUACGACGUUGUCUCACAGACGGCAGAUGGCCUGGAUGCCGACCUCUGGAAAGACGGCUUGUUUAAAUCCAAGGUCACACGAUACCUGUGCUUCACCAGAGCAUUUUCAAAAGAGAACAGCCACUUGGGCAAUGUCCUGGUUGAUAUGAAGCUCAUCGAUAUCAAGGACACGUUGCCUGUGGGCUUCAUCCCCAUCCAGGAGACAGUUGACACACAGGAAAUGGCUUUCAGGAAGAAGAGGCUGUGCAUUAAAUUUAUCCCUCGAGACUCCACAGAGGCUGCGAUUUGUGAUAUCCGAAUCCUGGGCAGGUCUAAGCAAGCUCCUCCGCAGUACACUUUUAUAGGGGAACUGAACAAUAUGGGCAUUUGGUACCGAAUGGGCAGGGUGCCACGAAACCACGAAUCUUCACAGCCCACGACUCCCUCUUCCCAAGCACCGGCUUUGACACCAGCUCCCAACCUCCCUAGGCACAUAUCCCUGACGCUCCCUGCCAGCUUCCGAGGCAAAGGCCACAGCACACGACUCGACCUGGAGCACCAGCACUCGAACUUGUAUGCCAUCUCAGCCAUGGACGGCGUGCCUUUCAUGAUUUCCGAGAAGUUUGCCUGCGCUCCGGAAGCGAUGCAGCAAGUCGAUCUCCUGGGCAUCACGAUCAAAUCCCUGACCGAAAUCGAGAAGGAGUACGACUACAGCUUCAGGACCGAGCAGAGCGCGGCGGCCCGGCUGCCCCCCAGCCCCACGCGGGGCCCCCGCUCCCCCCCAGCCCCACGCGGUGCCAGCAGCUGCCGCAGUCCUGAGGGCGCGCGGCGGCCGGCUCUGCGGAGAAGCGGUGUGUGCGCGAGGAUACUACUGAGCGGGCGGCCAGCCCCAGCACCCAGCGCUACCGGACCCCUUCUCAGCAGAGGACACGUCGCGAACGCUUGCCGCCCCUCCGCUGCGUUCCCCCCUCUCCCGUACAUGCUGUUUCUGCCACCCGGACCGUGGAUCCCUGCCAGCCGCCCUCGCCCGUCACCCUGCCUGGACUCUUCCUCGCUGCCAGCUGUGCAUGUCUGAGCCAACAGCUCUCGAGCCCUCCCUGCUCCGUGCGUCCUGCUGCCCCGUCGCACCCGGCGGCAGUGACGUGCCGAGCACUGGAGAGCCCCGGCGGGACCCCGCUGGCAACACCCGCAAGGAGCACGGCUAACCACGCAGCCGGUCACUCAGCAAACGGCAUCGUGCGCCAGCUUGCAUUGGGCCUGCCCAGCUGCCCUCCUCGGGCAGGAUCGUCCGUGCCCUAGAGUCAGGAGCGUGGUGGCCUUCCCAGCCAAGCCCCCGGGAGCGGUCAACCUCCGUUUGCUGUUUCCAAGCCAGGCCACGCAGCAGCUUGCACCUGGCUCAGAUCCACUUGGAGCCUGCUUUAUUUCUGGCUCGUGCAGCGCAUUCCCCGAGGCCCGGUCCUCAGCAAAGCAGAGUGGGUCAGGGGCUUCACAUCAUUGCACGAGGAGGUGGCGUGCCUGCUGUGUGCAGGGGCGCUGGCACUCCGGGACUCGGUGCCAGCAGCACACCAGCUGGACACGGGAAUGCCACCCUGAGUCCUCCGCUGCCCAGAAGCUUUGCUGUGGCACCUGCCGCUGAAGGGGCGUUGGGACCUGCUGGGUUCUCUGGGCAGUGUUCAAGCGUUUGCUCCUGCUGGCUGCUAAGAGGAGGAGCGGUGUGAGUCCCCUCGUGAUCGCUGCGGCCCUCCCAGAGGAACACGCUACAGUCAGACGCGUUGCGUGACGAGGCUGGCGUGUGCCGCUGGUCAGGAGCACGGUGCAUGGAGCCCUGACCUCCGCAGGCUGAUGGUCAGCAUCCCUAGCUCGUGUCUCAGUGAAAUGCAUGUCUUGGUGAAGUCUGUUGGUGUCGUAAGUUAUUUAGAAAUGUUCACCUGGUCUCCAUGCUGCUUUUCCAGUCUGCUGUAGAACAGAGCUACGUUACGACGGCAAAAAAGGCAUUUUUUAAAAGUAAGUGUUAAAAUGUGCAACUUUUUGUAUGAUAGACUAUUGGUUGUCUAACCCUAUUCAAAUGCAAUUGCCAUAGUAACAAAUACCGGUGUUGUAGCUCUCGGUUUGGGUUAUUUGGAUGCACUGACCUGCUUUGCACUGCUCUCGACUGUUCCCGCGUUUUCUAGUGUAACGCAAUGGUGACUAACGGUAGGUUUUGUACUGUCGGUUUGUACUUCUCAUUUGUACAUAUGUAAAAAUAUUUCUUGUCCAAAGAUCCAUUUCUGGUCUUAAGGCACCGUACCAUAUCGCUGUAACAACAAGCACAAAACUUCACAGCCUUCUGGGGAGCCAUGCUCCCCCUUGGACUCUUUCCAAACAAGUAGCCAUUGUACAAGCUGCCUCGACGCUGGGCUGUGGAGGGGGAAUGGGCACACGUGGGUGUGGAAGGGUCACUUGGGCACAAGCAUUAAGGCCGUGUGAUGCUUUGCAUCAGCUGUGUGGAGGCCCAGUGACCCCCCACAACAGCUGUGCCUGCCUUUAGGGCUCCGCGGCAGCUUACAGGUCUUAUUUUAUCCUCUAGGAAAGCCAAGCCAGGCCAGGCCAGGCCAAGCCUUGCUGCCCAGCUGCCCAAAGGCUAAUUGGUGAUGCUGACCUCAGCAAACGAGCGUGCGGUGGGAGCUGGCCCAGCCAGCCCGGGGGCUCUGCCCACGUUUGCUUGAAAUUCAGGUUCACUCCAUGCUGCAGCCAGAGGCCCGGCUCAUCCUGUCCUCUCUCGCUUUCUUCCCUUCUGCUGUCCGGAGUUCCUCCCGUCGCACCCACUCGUAACUCCUUCGCUGGCCGAGUCUCGCAUCUUUGGAGCAGCUUUGACAUCCCAUUGGCGAAGUUUAGCCCCAAGUGCAUCAGGAGUCGCUCACGCCCAAAGCCAAAAUCAGAAAUCUGAAUUUCUGUCUCUCAGCAGCGACGGUGGCUUGCGCCCCUCCAGGAGAAACCGAACCCAGCUUUUACCUCCGUGCCCCAUCAGGAACACUGGAUGUCCCCAGGCACUGGUAGGGCCAGGUCUCUGUGGCCGGUUGUACAGAUAGGUUUUGUCUUCUGUCUCCCUCCCCAGCCCUCCCCAGGUUGGUUCUGUGAUGCCUCUGCGAAGAAACGCAGGCGGCGACGUCUCACCCGGGUGCUGCUCCCGAGCCGUGCUGCAGCAGAGCUGUCUUGCUGCCAGCGUGGGCAGCACGGGUGCAGCUGCCCACAAGCCUGUGUUGGGCCGAGAGGGUGUGUUGGACCACGGGCUCUGUCUGGUCAGAGCCAGCCAGGCUCGCUCGGACUUACCGAGCCUCUGCUUGACCCCCGUCAGUGUUGCUGUGACGUGACGUGACGUGACGUGACGUGACGUGACGUGACGUGACGUGACGGCAGAGUUUGGCUGCGUAGUUCUGCAGCGCGCGAUCCUACUUGGCACGGGGCAAGCUGACGGUAGUGCAAGAGAUGUUCCAAGGAUGCGUUCCCUCGGGAUCCCGAAUACCGAGGCCUGUGGGCAUCGUGUCAGUAUUUCAGAGAGGAAGUCUUAAUUGUUGUGCAGUAGUUGUCAUCCUGGCCCCACGGACAGCUGGCAGUGCUCUCCGUUGGUGCCUACAAGGCACAGGCAGUGGGGUCUCCAGUAAGUGUCUUCGUUUCAGCUCACGGUGUGGGUGGGUGCGCCGGCGGGGUCCCGGCAGACCCCCGAGGACACGGCACGUCCUCUGCUCAGCAGGCCGCCGAGAUGGCACUGGCUGGCUCUGGAGGAGUCCCUGUCCAGUCCACCUCAGUCCGGUUGCGAGGGGACGAGUAGAUGUAACGCUCAGAGGAAGCGGUUCCUCAGAGCUGUCAUGGCCCCGCUUGGUCCCUGGAACAAAAUCAAGGAGAGCAGCGGUUGGUCGUGUGGAUAAAAGAGAAUUCGCCAAAAUACGCGUGAAGUGUCCUGGCCCGUCUGCGGAGACGGGUCAGGACAUCGAGGGCGUUGCUGACACCAGGCUGUAUCCUUUGAUUCCUAGCUGUCGGCGGUGCUCGGCCUCCGGGGUUUCCCGCAGCAAAGAGCGGCGCCGGGGCCCGGGCCCGAGGCAGCUCGGAGACCGGCCGGCAAAGGGACGGGGCCGCCAGGCUGGAGCCCAGCGCGGUCGCAGUAGGGCAGGGAGCUCGCCUCAGAGUGACGUAGGCUGUCUGUGUCUUGAGGUCCCUGCGGGCCACGGCGUGGCUGACGCCCCCGGUACGGGACCAGUGUGGAGCUGUAGUUAGGUAGGAUUUGACUUCUCCGAUCUCUCUCUCUCUCUCUCUCUCCCUUCCGCUGCCAUCGCGCUGAGCGUGCCCUGAGCACGUGCGCUGUAGGAGGGACCUGUUGUGAGCCCGUGUGCUAGUGAGGUGUCAGUGGUAGUCUGUGGUGUUGGGUUUGUUUGGUUUUUCCCCACCGGUUUCUCAGAAGAGCUCGAGCAGGUUCGGCUGGACACGGGUCGCUUUGCCAUUCGCGCGCUCGCGGCAGGGCCUUGGAGAUCCCAGUGCCCCGUUCACGACCCGAUAGCCCCUCUUGGCCCGGGACGGGGUGGACACGGGCAUGCCAUGCCCAGACCGGGCAGAUGCCAUCCCCAUUGUCCUGCCUCACCCAGGGCAGCCCCUUCCUCCCUGUUGUUUGCCCAUUAAACAUCCCUGCGACGUCCGGAGGAACCGGAUUGUCCGGGUGAUCCCAGGAAGGAUCGUCACCCCGUGGCAGGCCCCUUUGGUCCAGCCCCGGCGCCCGACAGACUCGGUCUGGGGCUGCGUCUCAUCGGGACGGCGACGCAGGCCACGACCGGCGCGUCUCCGCCGGGUGCCAGGGCAGCCUCUCGCCAAAGAGCUGCGGGGCGGCUGGUGCUCGGGCGCCUCGGAGCCAUCUAGCAGUGGGGUCCUGGAGCAAGAGGAGCUCUGCCGACGGACAAGCUCCGGGUGUCCCCUGGACCGGGGCAUCCCCCCAGGACACAGCCGUUUCUUUAGGGUCUGCCGUCCCCGUUGCAGGUGGGGUAGAGCGACCCCCGGGCCGAGGGGCUGCACUAGGCCCCGUGUCCGCAACAAGGGCUCAAGCGGGACUGACGCGGUGCCUGAGCCUCGCGUCGGCCCCUGCACGGGCGCGUUUCUCUCGUAGCGAAGGGUAUCGUGUAUCGCUGCGUUCAAAUAUUACCUCAGCCUUCGAGCCUUGAAGAACUAACGUAGAGCAGAGCUCUCCGAGCAGCAGCGGAGAGAGCCGGAAAGAGAACAAAUGUCGAUAUUAGUUGUUCUGAGCCAUAAAAUUAGGAAAAGAUUGCGGCUAGGGAAACUCGACCCUCUGCUAAUUAAAAACUCAGUGCGGUGCUGCUCAGUUCCUUCUGUUCAUUGGAUACAGGGAAACCAAACUGCUUGAAUAUUUCUGGGUCGUUCAUUGUGAAAUGAAUUCCUGACAGCAGCGGUUUAACUGUCGUAUCAUGAAAAUGGAAAAGAGAAACCUUUUAUGCAGUUGCAAAAUGUUUUUUAAGAUGCUAUGCAUUUUUGUUGGGCUAUUGAAAGUGAAUUUACUGUGCAUUAAUCUUAUGAAUGUUAUUACCUUUUAUAUUUAUUUUAGAUGGCCCUCCUGUAUUUUACAAAGGGAAGUUUCAUUGUGUGAUAACUUAGUCUGUAUUCUUAAUAUAAUUUGUUAAAUAAAAGUUUGUUU